CCCCCAUUCGCAGAGAGCGAAACAAACAUGGCGACAGACUCGAGCGGACGGGGGUUUACGCUAACUUUAUUCGUCUUUUCUUGUGUUUUUGCGGGCCGGCAGACCGAGGCGGUGGUUUCGGAGUCGAGGGGCGACACUCGGAUACUCGGCAUGAGGCUGGAGACGAGCGACGCGCCGGCCGAGACCACCGACAGAGGGGUUAUUCAGGUGACCGAGGGCAGCAACACCCUCUUCAGGUUCUACGGGCUCCACUUGUUCCCGGACAGCUGGAAGCUCAUCGGCUUCACGGAACUUAACUGCAGCGAAAAAGAGGAUGAUGCUUUCGACGCAGUCACGAUCCCCUUCAAUAGGACUUGUGCCGAGCUCACGAAGGAUAUAGUAGUGAAGGAGUCCAUGGAGGUAAGCAACCAGAACACCUCCGGGGUGGUUAACCUCAAGAUCAAGCAGCUCCGUAAGAGCGAGGUGGUGAAGGUGUUCGGCUUGUGCGUCCGAGACCAGGACGAGAAGGAGCCAAAGUGGUACCUGCUGGACGAUAAAGACGGCAGACUGCGGGUGGUGGAGAAGAAGAAGUCCUUGCUGCCCAUCUGGCUUCAGGUGAUCCUCAUCGCCUUCCUCCUUGUGCUGUCCGGCAUGUUCAGCGGGCUCAACCUGGGGCUGAUGGCGCUGGACCCGAUGGAGCUCCGCAUCGUGCAGAGCUGCGGCACCGAGAAGGAGAAGAAGUACGCGCGGAAGAUCGAGCCUAUCCGCAGGAAGGGCAACUACCUGCUGUGCUCGCUGCUCCUCGGAAACGUCCUGGUCAACACCACCCUCACCAUCCUCCUGGACGACCUCACCAUGUCCGGGAUCGGCGCUGUGGUCGCCUCCACUGUCGGCAUCGUUAUUUUCGGCGAGAUCGUCCCGCAGGCGCUGUGCUCCCGGCACGGUCUGGCAGUCGGGGCCAACACCAUCAUGGUCACCAAGCUGUUCAUGCUGUUAACUUUCCCUCUGUCGUGGCCCAUCAGCAAGCUCCUCGACUACGUCCUGGGCCAGGAGAUCGGCACCGUGUACAACCGGGAGAAGUUGGUGGAGAUGCUCAAAGUCACCGAGCCGUACAACGACCUGGUGAAAGAGGAGCUCAACAUGAUCCAAGGCGCGCUGGAGCUCAGGACCAAGACGGUGGAGGAUGUCAUGACCCCGAUCAGCAACUGCUUCAUGAUCCACAGCCACGCUGUGUUGGACUUCAACACCAUGUCCGAGAUCAUGGAGAGCGGAUACACGAGGAUACCUGUGUACGAGGACGAGCGGUCCAACAUCGUGGACAUCCUGUUUGUCAAGGACCUGGCCUUCGUUGACCCGGACGACUGCACCACCCUCAAGACCAUCACCAAGUUCUACAACCAUCCGGUCCACUUUGUGUUUCACGACACCAAGCUGGACUCCAUGCUGGAGGAGUUCAAGAAAGGAAAAUCCCACCUGGCCAUUGUCCAGAAGGUGAACAACGAGGGGGAGGGAGAUCCUUUCUACGAGGUGUUGGGGUUAGUCACCCUUGAAGACGUGAUCGAGGAGAUAAUAAAAUCAGAGAUUCUGGACGAAUCAGACCUUUACACUGAUAACCGCCACAGGGAAAAGGUGGCACCUAAUAAGAAUAAGAGAGACUUCUCUGCCUUCAAACACGAGAGCGAAUCAAAAGUGAAGGUCUCUCCUCAGCUGCUGCUGGCCGCCCAUCGCUUCCUGGCUACAGAGGUGAGCUUGUUCAGCCAGUCUCAGAUCUCAGACAAGGUGCUGCUGCGGAUCCUGCGUCACCCCGAUGUGAUCCAGGAGAUCAAGUUCAACGAAAGCGACAAGCGCUCGUCCCAUCACUACGUCUACCAGAGGGGCAAGCCUGUCGACUACUUCGUUCUCAUCCUGCAGGGACAUGUGGAGGUGGAAGCCGGUAAUGAGAACAUGAAGUUUGAGACCGGACCGUUCUCGUUCUACGGUGUCAUGGCACUCAAUGCUCCCACACUGGAGUUUCGUUCACCGUCCCACUUAAGCGGGUUGAACCGUACAUCCUCUCUGAGCGGAGCCGACCGGACAGAGUCGCUCUCCGUCAGCGGCAGCAACAGCCAGCUCAACAACAGCAUCCCCUUGCAGCAGUAUACACCCGACUUCUACGUCCGAGCACUCACCGACCUGCAGUUCGUCAAGAUCACGCGUGCCCAGUACCAAAACGGCCUGAUGGCAUCUCGUCUGGACAGUACGCCCCAGUCCCCGGAGAGCGGCCACAAUAUGGGUCGCCUGGAUCAGACCCCUCCCCCAGCCACCGCCAACACCACCAUCACGGACCUGGGAGCGGACUCCACCCCUACGGAGAACGGACCAGACGAGACAACGCUUCUCCUCCUCAAUGAGCAGAACUCACCGCACACAGCCAACCACCACAGCCAGUUGGAAAACAGCAUUUGACACCCACCCACCCCCCCUUCCAUACGUUUGCACGCAUGCACUACUACGCUCGAAUGUAUGUUGUGGAGGGGAGGAGUGUGUGUGUGUGUGUGUGUGUGUGUGUGUGUGUGUGUGUGUGAGUGUGAGUGGGGAUGCAGAUACAUGCCUUAGUACAACUGACAAGGCAUAAAGAGAAAAGCCAUGUGCAUGCAUAUUGUGUAAAUAUGCAAGGAUUUAUCAAAACACACCCACACACAGACACACACAGACAUACCAAAGUGUAUUGUGGGAACUUGCCACAUCUACUUUUCCAUCAUCAUAAACAUGCCAAACCCAACACUCAUUUAUGGUAGUUCAGCGACAGAAAGGAGUAUUUGUGUGUGUGUGUGUGUGUGUGUGUGUGUGUGUGUGUGUGUUUGCACAUGCUCCUUAAUGUAUUAACUGAUGACGAAGAUCUGAAGGACCUGCUCGUCUGGACCAGAAAGCUCCUCCCUCUCUCUCUCUCUCUCUGUCUCUCUCUCUCUCUCUCAAUGUUAGCGGCGUUCAGAGGCGAGUUUCUUCUUCCUCCUCCUGUGCGUGCGUGUUUUUAAAUGUGUGUGUGUCUGUGUGUCUGUACGCAUCGCUUCCAACUCACUGUCCCUAAUCAGAGACUCAGGGAGACUCCGCCCUCCUACCCCACCCUCCUCUCCUUUGCCCACGUACAUACAUGCAAGUGCAGUCGAAAGCCGCCAAACAACCCACGCCGCAUGUGUAGCAUCCUGCAUCCCCUCCUCACCAUCCAUACAGCUAUAAGACAAAGACGACCCGAGCAUGUCAGCAGAGUUCAAAGUAAUAUAUGUUCCGUAGAAAUUUAUAGUGAGAUAUUUAUUGAUGACUUCAGAGUGCGACGGACACACAAAACUCCUACUGACUCUUUUUUUUGGGGGGUUCGGGGUGGAUGUCUAUACACACAUAUAUAUAUAUAUAUAUAUAUUUUUUUUUUUUUCCUUCUUCUUUCCUUGAUAGAAGCAGUGUGUAGCCUAGAGCCUUUAUCCCAGAGUUGUUAAGAGAUUUAGCAGCGAUAGACAGCCAGUCUGUAUCGUGAUUAAGACAAUCAAUAUGAUUAUUAUGAAUGUGUUAAAUUAAAUGUGUAGGGUACGUUAACUGUGGCCAAGGUGCUCUCGAACAGCCUCCGCUUUGUGAAAUCUUUUGCUUGCUUCUCUUCGAUUUUCACAAACGACAGAUCUGAAAAGACGUGAUGUUUCGGUUUCAGAUGAAUCAGGUCGCGUAGGAAUCAGUUUUCACAAACGGUGGACGGUAUUUGAGAGCACAGAGACGUGGCGAGUCCUUUCCUACUUUAUAAGCGAGGGUGCAUAUGUGUGUUUGUGUGUGUAUGUGACCAAAAUGGCCAUCAACAGACUUGGUGGGAACAUAAACCAAAAGAGGGAAACUUGAUCACAUUCUGACUAGAACAUACUUAGAUAUCUGAAACUUUAUUUAUUUUAUUGAGUUCGAUAUGUGUGUGUGUGUGUGUGUGUGUGUGUGUGUGUGUGUGUGUGAUACGUUGAUGUCCAUGAGGGGAUGAGAAAUGUGGUUUUUAUUUUGCCUCAUUGUGAGAUUUUACAUGUUAAAUAAUCCUUUGCGUACAGAGGUUACAUUUGGGUUUCCUUUUUUGUAAUUCAGAUCUGGGGGGGGCCUCUCUAGCAUACUGAACAGCGAACCUUAACAUUUAUUGUUGUUUGUAUUUCUGCAGCCAAACACACCGUUCAACACUGGCAUCAGCCAAAUUUUGUCAGUAUAGUUUCUGAUUAUCACAAUGCACACACUCCAAUUAUAUUUUACUGUACCUUCUGAGGAGAAAAAAAAAAUCUAUCUCUAUCUUGUGACGGAUUUUCUUUGCCUGAUUUCUAGCAGAGCCACAUUGGUGUUUCAUAAUUAUAUAUAUUUUUUGUGAUAUACAGCAUGAAAAGUAAAUCACACAUCAAGUUUUUGUUUUUAAAACCAAAGAAAUAGGGCUGCUUUCUUGUCUGGCUAUUUCUGUAACAACAUGUACCAGAAUGCAAUGCAGCCUUUUUUUAUUUUUAGUAAGCAUUGCUCUCACUUUCAUCUCUCUUCAGUAUCGCUACAUAUUUUUUCAAUACACCUAAAUCACAGGUGAAUCCAUCUGCUCUUUUAGUGUUGUGAAAUGGGAUUCUGGGAAGCGUAGGACAUCAGGAGUAAGAGUAGACAAUACACACUAAUGGGAAGUGGGUACACCAAAUACAACACUUAAUUUCAAAAGGCACAGAUCAUCACAAAUUGAAGAUUCCUCUAGUUUAUGAAGGUGGAUUUUUUUCCUUUAAUGUUGCUGCUUUCCUGAGAUCAACAGUAUCAGAUUCUCAAUCAACAACACUGACAUGUUUUCAGAUCACUAAAUUCCACUUCUGUCAAUGAACGAACAGUGUGACAUUUUGUUUUAUGUAAAACUACCGAAGCAUUGUUUUGGUUGCUAUGUGGUGUUCUCUCUCCAACAGACAUUGUUAAUACACUUUUGUUUGUUUCCACUUUUAGCAUGGAUCUGAAACCAACUUUCAUUUCUGUUUUCAAAUGAAUUGGAAUGACUUGUUAUUAUGAGGAAUCUUAUUUUGACCUUUUCAUACUUUUCACGAGAAAGCUAAAAUAUCACAAACAUUUUAGGAAAAUGUAUGUCACUUUGUUUGAAUGUGUCACGAUGGGCUGAUGCAUUAUGGGUCUGAGCUCGCCUGUCCUGGUGUUUUGUCUCUUCAACAGUAUGCCAACGAUUUAUCUACAAGUUGCUUUACAUGGAGAUGCUUUUAUAUUACAUCCAGUUUAUUAAGUGGUCAGUUAGCCUAAACUUUGAGUUUGUAACACAGUGUGCCUCACACUGCCUUAAAAUCACUUCAGUUUGAGUCUGAUGUCCAGUUUACCUGAUCUUUUAUAUGUUGUGGUACUUUCCCAUUUAUUUUCUUUAAUUGGCAAAUGUUCACAGUUACCCUAAUCAUAUUUUAAUGUGGAAUUCUACAACACUAAAAUCCCAGCAGAAUGGAUUUUACAAAUAUAUUUGGUUGAGUUAAACCUCAGUGGGCAAGGAUACAGGGUUUUUUGUUGUUGUUCUUAUUUUUGGUUAGCUUACUAGUAAAGGAGGCAAACAAUGCAUCACGGUUUGUUGGUAUGGGGCUGCAUAACAUUAUGACCACCUGGGCACCUUGGUGGUCAUAAUGUUAUGGCUGAUCGGUGUAUAAGUGUGUUAUGUGUAAGUCGAUUAAUCACUGAAUAAAAUCAAACCAAAGCCGAAUACAAUUCUUCAGUCAGCUAUUGCUUACGGUGCUUUUUUGCAGCUGGUAACUCUUUGUCUGUUAGACUAGUCACUAAAAAGGUCAGGAGGCUAGUUACCUGCAUGAAUUACUCAGGCUAGUUCGAAUUUGGAACAUCAGCUCAGCGAGCUAAAAUCUCGUCUCAGUGUCUUUCUGUGAAGAGGUUUCUUUAACUUUGAAAAAUAUCUCUUAGGUUAAAUAUCCAUAUUCCUAUGUCCUAAAGAUAAAUGGGUAUCUACUGUACUGUAAAGCUUGAGCACAUGCUAACUCCAUGUGUUACUCUAUGAUUCAGUCACAGAGUGAACCUAACGCAGAUCUUAGGGGAAAAGUCACUGUGUUUUGUUGUUGUUUUUCAUAUGUGUUAUCCAGCAGCAGGUUUUCAUUUUGUAUUAUUUGUGAUCCCACACAUGUUCACCUUCCCCAAAGGAUAAAGUGUUGUGUGGUCCGGUGCAGUCUGUGGAAAAAUUAGUUUCUUCUUGGGGAGAGAUUGCAUGAUUUCGGGCAGCCUGUGGACAUCUGUGAGUUCAUGAAACUCCCUUUCAAGAUACAAUCUGCUGCUGUUUUGACUAUUCCUCUCAGCUCUCUUUUACUCCAUCAUUGAGAAAUGUAUGGAGUAUUGAGAAUCAUGGGAUAUGUUGUUAAAUGCUGACAAUAUCUUUGUUUAAAAGAAAAAGUCAAAUUUUACUAUCCAGUUAAAUAGUUAAUACCCAUUUAUCUUGUAUAAUAGGGACUGAAAGCACCAACAUGUGUAAUCUUUUGAGAAUGUCGAAAAAGAAAACCUUUUUGAGAAAAUCCUGGUAAGUUAAAGCUAGUGUCAUGUAAUGAAAAUAGCUUUUUUUUUAAAGGUACUUAAUCACCACCCACUGAUGUUUAACUGAACUAAUGGGGUUUAUCUGCAUUAAGCAGAAAUAUUUCUGUCUAUAUUUUUAGAUUAUAGCUCCUCAUUGUUGUUUUGUGAGCAAAGAAAAUUUAAAAAGCCCAGACUCCUCUGUGAUUAAAGCACUUUAGCAAAGGAAAGAAGUAUUUUUCCCAAAAGACCAAAGUUUGCCAAAGUUGCCGGCUCAGUGACUUUGUUGCAAUACUGUUACUGACCAGGAUUUCAUAAUAAUUUCUUCUCCUUUACAUGACACAGGGGGUUUUAAAGAAAGUUUUGCUGUCUACGGCCUGUACAGAAACAAAAAGAAAAGCUUAAGGAACUCACUGACUCACCGUUCUCUUGCCUACUAUCUUUUAAUGACUGCUGAUUUUUUUUUUUUUUUGUGCUCAUUCCUGAAUUAUAUUUUACACACACACACACACACACACACACACACACACACACACACCCAUUUCAAAGGACUGUUUUUGUUCAUUUUGUAGAUUUUUAUGGCUGAGAUUGUUCUAAUGUUUUUGUUUAUGUGCGUGCCUGUGUACCCCCACCUGUUUUAAAUUGUACUGGGUUUGGGUUCAUUAUGUAUGUGUGUGAAUGUUUGUGAAUCAAGUCUGGCUAUUUUUUGUACCUCAGAACACUGUCAGUAAUUGUGGUAAACCGCAAUCUUUUUUUUUAAUUUGUCAUGGAAUUUAAUUUGGGAACAGAGCGAAUGGAGCGACUGGCGUUGGGGAAGAAAUAAACUGAUUCUCCUUCAUUCUCUCUGGCAUGCUGUAACUUAAAAAACAACAACAGACAAACAAGGUGUAAAUACUGUUUUAUAAUUUCUGUCUUAAUGAGUUUUGAAGAUGAAGAAAGUUAUUAAUAAACCUGAGAUAUAUUUCUCUAUG